AUGGAGGUUCUCUCUGCUGCUGGUUUGAUGAAGACUGUCAAGGAUCUUGGCAGAUGUUUUGACAAGCUUGUUAGGGAGUUCAUUGUGAACAUCCCUGCUGAUUGUGAUGAUGCUACCAGUGUUGAGUACAGGAAGGUGUUUGUGAGGGUGAAGUGCAUCAACUUCUCUCCUGAAGUUAUCAAUGAGUUUUUGGGCAGAAGCCAUGUUGCUGUGGCUCAGGGGGAGCCUGAUUUGAAUAGGGUUGCUACCACCCUUACUGGGAAGUUGGUCCGGAAGUGGCCUGAGAAGGGAUUCCUUCCAUCUGGGAGGCUUACUGCCAAACAUGCUGUUCUCUACAAGAUUGGUACUGCAAAUUGGAUGGCCACCACUCACUUGUCCGAUGUGACUCCACCUCUGGCCAGAAUGCUUUAUUUGGUUGGAAUUGGGGAGAUCAUUGCACAUCAACAACCUACUAUUGUGAGGGCUGAUGAGUCUCAAGGUAAGAAGCCCCUGCCUCUCAAGUUUGAUUACCGGUUGUUUGCUGGGACACAAGUUCCAGACAUUGUGCUCUUUGCAGCUAAGAGAACUGCCAGUGCCAGUGGUACUAAGGCAGUUGGUUCUAGCAAGGAAGACAUCUUGGCUGAGUUGAAGGCUGUCUCCAAGUCUCUUGGUGACACUAUUCAGGCUUGCAAGGUCAGAAAAUCCAAUGUUGAUCAACUCAUCAAGACUAUGUCAGAUGUUGCAACUGCUGCUGCUGAGGAAGAAAGUGAAGAAGAGGAAGCUGAGCUUCUUGCUACUGUGCAGUUGUGUGUUCUAUACAAACAACAUCUUGUUGUUUGUGAUAAUUGA